AUGGCGAUCAUCCUGCUCCUCCUCCUACUCACACCGUCUCUGGCGGCACCCGACGUGUUCUGUGACAACGUCAAGGCCAUCGCCACCACUCUCUCCAAGAACGCCGCCUCUUCCCCGGUACACUUUGCCACCAAGACCUUUGGCGGCGCCCCCAACGUCGUCUUCGCGCUCGCGCUCUGCCGCGGCGACGUCCUCGAUGGUCCCGCCUGCGGUGACUGCAUCGCCAACUGGUUCGGCAAGGCGCUGAACCGGACCAGGUGCGACAAGGCCCGCUCCAGCUACGGCGACUGUAUCGUCGUCUAUAGCGCCGGCUAUGAUAUCCUAGCGGCGCCCUCGAAUACCACGGGAGGGUACGGCGAUAACACGCCGCCCUUCGAGCAGUGGAACAUCAAGAAUGUCACCACCGGCGACGUCCCCCUCGCCGUCGGCCUCGUCCGCGAGCUGCUGGUGGAGACUGCAGAGAAGGCGGCCACCACGCCACCGAGGCUGUACGCCACCGGCGUCAUGGACGUAGACGAGGUGACGACCUACCCAAAGGUGUACUCCCAGGCGCAGUGCACGCCGGACCUGUCCGCCGACGACUGCUCGGCGUGCCUGCUCCGUCUCCUCGGCUUGGUCAACUCCACCAUGUCCCUGCGAAUUGGUGGGCAGAUGGCUGUCACGCGGUGCUAUUUUAGGUAUGAGGCGUAUCGGUUCUACGACACCCAGCCCAUGCUGAGUCUGCCGUCGCGGCCACCGCCGACGACUCCGACCAAAUGCAGGAGCAUGUUGUGGGUAAUUGCGGUAGUUGCAGUUCCACUAUCGGCAGCAGCAUUUCUCUUCUUCAAUUGUUACUCUCGUCGUCUCAAAAGGCGAAGAAAAGGGAGAGAGGACCUAGUUUGGCAAGGGAAGAAUUCCGAGUUCUCUUUGUUUCACUUUGAACAGCUAUUGGAGGCAACAAGUAAAUUUUCAGAAGAAAACAAACUUGGACAAGGUGGCUUUGGUGCUGUCUAUAAGGGCCAGCUUCCAGAUGGGUUGGAGAUAGCGGUUAAGAGACUUGCUUCACAUUCAGGACAUGGUUUCACUGAGUUUAAAAAUGAAGUCCAGCUCAUAGCCAAACUCCAGCACACAAAUUUGGUUAGGUUCUUGGGAUGUUGCUCCCAAGAAGAGGAGAAAAUAUUGGUCUACGAAUACUUGCCAAACAAAAGCCUGGACAUCUUCAUCUUUGAUGAGUAUAAAAGAGCUUUACUAGAUUGGACAAAACUAUUAGAAAUAAUUGAAGGAGUAGCACAUGGACUCCAUUACUUACAUAAGCACUCUGGAUUGCUUGUCAUACUUCGAGAUCUUAAACCAAGCAACAUUCUCCUGGACAGCGAAAUGAAUCCCAAAAUUUCAGAUUUCGGGCUAGCAAAAAUAUUCAGCUCAAAUGACACUGAAGGCGACACUACAAGAAGAGUCGUUGGCACAUAUGGUUACAUGGCCCCUGCGUAUGCUUCGAAGGGCGUCUUCUCUAUUAAAUCCGAUGUCUUCAGCUUUGGUGUUGUCAUUUUUGAGAUCCUUAGCGGAAAACGGAAUUCUGGUAACCAACAAUGUGGAGGCUUCGUCAAUCUCCUUGGAUAUACAUGGCAAUUGUGGGAAGAGGGAAAGUGGAUCGAUCUCCUCGAUGCAUCAUUGCUUCCUGAUAUUCACUUGGCAAAGUUAAUGAGGUGCAUUAAUAUAGCAUUGUUAUGUGUGCAAGAGAAUGCAGUUGAUCGGCCAACCAUGGGAGAUAUUGUUGCAAUGCUAAGAAGUGAUACUAUGAUCUUGGCUAAGCCUAAGCAGCCAGCAUAUAUCAAUGUAAGGGUGGGAAAUGAAGAGACUUCCAAUGCUCCCGAGUCGUGCAGUAUUAAUGAUAUAACCAUAUCUGCCACAAUUCCUAGAUAG